CAUCGUCGACAUCAGAAGUUCGUUGCGUUGACUCCUUACUCUAUCAAAGAUUCAGAGGACACUGCAUGUAGAACGAAAGAAAGUAGGACGUUCAUUUUGGUUAAGCCGCUAUCCAGUCAUUCAUUGCUUGUACUUUACUUUAUAGAGCAUUCAGCAACCCGUCAUGAAAGGUUUAUUGAGACUCAAUCUAUUUCUCAUCUCCGAGAUCUGGUCCUACCCUUGGCUUGUUGUGUUUUCGGCUACUCAUUUCAGUAUCAUAAGUGUUGGCAUUCUCUUGGCUAUGGAUAUUCGUGUCUAAAUACCAAAGCCACAGCGAAACGAGAUACGUGAAUCAAGAGGUUGCUUUUUAUGACGAGGGAAUGUUAUUGUUCCACACAUCAGCUGUUUUCGUGAAACUGACACAACGACAAAGUGACACCAGCUCAACAGACAACAAUACAUUGAAUUAGCUUAGAAAGUAAACUAAUAAACAGACGGAUUUACACUGUUUGGAUAUGGGCGACGUGGAAUACGAUCAACAGCAUCCGCGAGAGCUGAUCAAAUGCGUGCUGAUAGGGGACUCUGGUGUUGGGAAAACAAGACUCAUCUGUGCGGAAGCUCUUGGCGUUGGAAUGAAAGGGCCUUUGCCUUUGAAGCAUCUUCAUUAUCCGUCCGUAUUUGCUAUCGAUCAAUAUCACGUUUCCGAGGAAAUACGUGCUCGAGCAAAUUUUAUGGUCGACGGAGUUAAUGUCGCUCUAAGGCUAUGGGAUACWUUUGGUGAUCGUCACAUGAACAGAAAGUAUGCUUAUCAAAACGCAAAUGUAGUAUUACUAUGUUUCAAUAUUAGUAGUCCGUGUUCGUUCAAGAACGUCAAUGCUGUAUGGUACCCAGAGAUCAAGAAGUUCUGCCCCAGAACGCCGAUUAUAUUGACAGGAACUCAAUCAGAUUGGCGCUGUAACAAAACUGCAAUGACUACCGUUUCAAGUAAUUCAACCCCUAGUCUAAGCCAGCGCAUGCGUGAUUGUGUGCUAGUAUCACCAGACAUGGGCAGGCAGGUUGCUAAGGAGAUUGGUGCUACAUAUUAUGAGUCUAGUGUUGUCACCAUGUUUGGCGUGAAAGAGGUUUUUGAGAAUGCUGUCAGGGCUGCAUUGGUUUCUCGACGACAAACAAGAUUCUGGUCRUCACAAUUGAAAAGGGUCUCUAAACCAUUACUACAGCGGCCAUUUCUUCCCGAAAGAUCAUCAAUGCCAUCAGUAGUUGUUCCAGACAGUCAGUACCAAAAGAACCUGGAUGUUCUUCUCAGAGCAGGAGAAUGUACUGAUGUGAAGUUUGUGAUUGGUCAGUAUGUCCUUGAGGCGCAUACAGCCAUCCUUUGCUGUUCUUCAGUAUUAUUCAGUCAACUCCUGCUAAGACAUGGCUUGCUUGGUAACUAUAGUGAUGAAGAAUAUGUCUUCAAAUGCCUUACAGGAGGAGAGGAGCAAAUUAAAUUCCUUCAAGAUGCUUUGGUGCUUGGAAAACAGGUUUUACUUCCAAGAGGCUUUUUUUCCAUCAGUUUGCUUAAAGAKGAAAKUGGAAUUCAUCAAGCAAAGGUUGUUGUUGAAGUAGAARGCUCAAUUCCACCAAGUGCCUUUCAUAACAUCCUGAACUUCCUGUACAGUGGACAUCUACCAGUCAAAGAUUGCACSAAAGAACUCCUAGAUAUCACCCAGUACUUACAACUAAACAACAUUACCAAGUACAUAGCUAACAUCAUGAACAAUUCAUCAUACAUGAAUACAGAAGUAUGCUCCAACAUUUCCAGGAGAAUGGUGUUUGGGGGUAAAGUUCUUGUCAAUCAGAAGUGCAUGUCUGACAUUUCAUUCAUAUUGGAUGGGAAAACAGUGCAUGCACAUAAAAGCUUUCUUGUGUCACAGUGUGAAAUGYUAGAAGCCAUGUUCAUGGAAGGUCAUUUCAAAGAAAGUGGCUACCAUUUGGUUGAACUAAAGGAAGUUUCAAAUCACAGAUCUUUCCUGGCAGUGUUAGAGUACUUGUACACYGGUCACUGCCCUGUAUUAGGUCUUGAAGAAGCCUUGGAUGUUAUUGGACUUGCAAACUUCUUUUGCUUAUCAAGAUUAGUAGCUUUAUGUGAGCAGCUAAUAACUAAAGAGAUUCAAGUUGCAAUGGCAGUGGAUGAGCUCUCUGUUGCAGAAGAUGUCAUAGCRUGCUUGAUUGUAGCACAGCUUCAUAAUGCCUCACAGUUAGAAACAUGGUGUCUUGUCUACAUUGCCAACCACUAUGUAGAGGUUUGUCAUCGUCAUCCAAAGGAAUUCAAAAUGUUAACCCCAGCAACACAUCAUUUUCUCAAUCAGCAACGAUGGCCACCGAUUUGGUACUUGAUUGAGAAUGACUGGUAYGAGAAGACCACAAAUGAGAUUGACCAACAAGAGAAAGGCAAGAGGGUGAUCAAGUCAGUAGUGAAAGCUAAGAAGAAGAAAUGCCACUGCUUGUAAAGUGAGCAUAUUGAUUUGACAAGUCAGACUCUCAACUACUUUUUUUACUGGCAGUUUUAAACAUGCUGAAAUGUAUAGUAGUUGCUGUUUGYAAACAAGUAAACAACACGAGUCAUUGCUCAACAAAGUAUAAAGUUCUUUGACUAGGAAAAAUUAAGCAUUGCUGAAGAAAAGCACAUAAUGUAGAUGUUGCUAGAGUAACUUGAACUUGACAUUGGUAGUUAUAAAAACACUACUGCAUUUAUGAAGAGAAUAAAUUAAAGAAUAUUGUUAUAGUUGAAAUAAUUUAAUUUUAGACAGUGUCCAACAUUUUGAUGAUUCUAUUAUGUUUACACAUCUAAUCCACCAAUCACAGUGGACAGGGAUAUGUCACCAUAGUAAUGCCAUUACUGGAUUAUCAUGUUAAGUGAAGUGUUAAAAUAUAUACUUGUAUAUUGUGAAAAUAUAAAGAAGCUUAAGAAGCACAUUUGAUACAGUAAAAAWUGAUAGAACAAGUAGAUGAUAACCAACAUAGGAUUUGGUACAAUUUCAAAGAUUUUGGGUUUCUUGCUGCACAUUUUCUUUAAAAUAAUUUGCGUUUUUAUUCAGUGCAAUAGACAACUUGUAGAGGAAUAAAUUAUAGGUAUUAUUAUUCUAUUUAUUUUAAAGAAUAGGAAAGAGUUUGUCUGUGAAGUUCAGCAAAAUAUUUUAGACUGCUAAUGUGUUAUCAGUGAUCUCAUCUAUAAUGUUUUGUUGCCGUGGUUACUGUGCUGUUGCAGUAAUAUGUAAGCUUUUACACUAAAACAUUUGCUAUUGUGUAUAUUUAUAGGACUAGAAAACAAAGCCUGUACCUCCAAUGGAGGAGCAAAUGACACAWUAACUGUUUUGUAUACAGUUUUGUUAUUCAAUAUUCAUAGGCAGUUUCUGAUGAUUUUAUGUAAGUUUAAAAUGCAUGAUUUGAAAUUAGUGUAAAAAAAUACAAAACAAUCAAUAUAAAUAUGACAGAUUUUAAUGUAGAAUUCACAAGAUUACACUGUCUGGUAUAUCUUAACAGAAAUAUUACACUAAUUACAUUGACAUGUAUUGUUGUACAAUAGUAUAAAAUAUAUUGAACAKUAUUAUAGAGGAUAAUAUUAAAGAUGUGAUAGAAGCUAUCAUGUAACCAAGAAAGCYAUAACAACAAUGUAAUAACCAUGUAUAAUACAAAGUUUUAAUUUGCCAAAAGUAAUAAAAAACAUGUUAAGUGUUA